UUCCUGAUAAUCAUAAUAACCAAAUAAUAUACAAACUUAACGUUUAGUUAACAAUGUCAGCCUAAUCUAAAUCGUUUGGAGCUGCAGUCUACCUUUCAAGAGGAUAUCGAUUAGAGAAUGUUCUGCAUAAUUUCAGAAUGCUUUAACAACAAAGUAUUUUAGUCAGGACCUGUCUAAAUUGUACGAGGUAGGAAUGAUUGAAGGAAGGAAGAAUACAAAAUGACAGGACAUUGCAGCGCUGCUGAACUCUGACGUCACCUGACGUCAUCUGGCACAUCACUGCUCUUCUCUCUGGCAUCGCCUCGACCCUUUUUCAGGAACCGCUUCUCCUCUAGCGUCAUCAGGGCCAUCUGACCAGUAGUAGCUGCUCUACCACUCUCUCCCGCCCUUCCUGACGAUACCCGGAAACGGGGGAAAGGGGGGGAGGCGAGAAGAUGGCGUCGUUGCGCUUCAGGCGGGAUCCCUGCGGCUUCAUCUGCCUCCUUCUCACCUACUUCAGCGUGUUUUACGCCGACUACGUGGUGAUCCAGUACGUGCUGAUCCCGGCCUACUCUGACAGUGUGUGGUGUAGUCUACACGGAGUGGUGUUUAAUCUCAUCCUACUGCUACUACUCGCCUGUCACGCCAAGGCGGUGUUCUCUGACCCGGGCAUGGUACCCCUACCAGAAACUGCUAUUGAUUUUUCCGAUCUUCGCUCUCAAUCCAGGAUGAAUGAAAGGGUAGUGUGUCCCAAGGGGUGUGAAGGGUGGACAGUGUGCAGCAGGUGUGAGACCUACAGACCCCCUCGGGCGCACCACUGCAGGGUCUGCCAGCGCUGCAUCAGACGCAUGGACCACCACUGUCCCUGGAUUAAUAAUUGUGUGGGGGAGCUGAACCAGAAGUACUUUAUCCAGUUUCUUUUCUACACCGGCCUGGCCAGUCUGUACUCUAUGGUGCUGGUGGUGUCUGCCUGGGUGUGGAGGAUCCGCAGCGAGAGAGAAGGAGCUGCAGAAGGAGACGGAGAGGAGGAGGAAGCCCCCAGCAAACACCUCAUAGUGGCUCACUACAUUAUUCUGCUUGUUGAGUCGGUGCUCUUUGGCGUGUUUGUUAUGGUCAUCUUCUACGAUCAGCUGGUGUCCAUCAUAACAGACGAGACCCCUCUGGAGCAGAUGAAAAACAGACUGAUGAAGGACAGACCAUCCUCAUCCUCACAGCACCAGCCACACACUCACGCGCACACACGCAAGCCCAGGAUCCCCCUGCUCCGAGAGGUCUUCGGAAGAGCUCCUUCAUGUCUCUGUCUGUCUGUUUGUCUCUCGCUCUCUCUUUCCAGGCUCCAUGCUCCUCUGGCUCCUCCCCCUCCACUCCACCCCCCCUUCGGCCGGAGGGAUAAGCUACUCCGCCCUGCCCGACUAUGACGUCUGACCUCUGACCUCGGGGAGAGGGACUGUAUGGGUGAUGGAGAGAGGCGGCCCAGGUAGUCUGAGUGAGGGGAGUACGAGAGGAGAUUUAUUCUCCCAGACCAGCUUGACCUUUAACCUUAAAGGAGCGUCCGAAAAAGGAGAGAGAGAGUGACGGCGAGAUUGUGUGUGUGUGUGUGUGUGUGAGUGAGUUUAAUGAAGUGUAAUACAUUUUUGAAUCCCAGGAUUUUUACCACAAUUAUACUUGGGAGGGCAGACCAAUCAAUUACUGUUUGGGGAGGGGGUCCCAACAAUGUGGCCCUCGGUCGGCCCCCGAUCGCCCCCCGCCCACAGGUUGAGGGCCGCUAUGGUCCUUUACCAAAAGUCUUAAUGAGUUAGAUGGUAUCUCACUGAAAUCAUACCCAAUGUAUUAUUUAUUGGUUCACAUUCAUGGAUGGUUCUUUAAUAUUUUUUUACGUAAUUAUUUAUUUACUUAAGUUACCUCUAUGUUAUUUAUUCAUUUUAAUGCACCCCUAAUCAAUGAAGCUAUCUUUAUCCAAAGAGAUAAACAAUAUUUAUUUAUGUAUUAUAAUUUGUAAAUAUUACUUUAUUUUAAAUGCAUAUCAAGAUGAGGGGAACUUUCAGUCAAAGAACAAAGUUUGGCAAAUGAAUGAUGGUUGUUGGUAUUUACAUAAUCAGACCGGAUCUUAUGCAUUUUUACCAGCAGAAAAAGAAGGGAGUAGAACUGAACAACUGAAUUCAAGCAUAACAUAUUUAAUGUCAUAAAUGUCCACUUGUGACAAUUCAAACUGUUUACCUGACUAACCAAAUAAUCAUCAUGUCACUCGUCACGUCGUUCGUUAAAUAAUUUGUUACAUUAUUUGUUACAUCGCUAGUUUAGAUAUUUGUGACAACAUCAUCGGAUCAGGCAGGUAGUAAUAGUUAAUCUCCCUCCAGUAUGCCAGUGUUAAUGAGAUAAUUCCUGCUUUCUGCAGAUGCAUCAUACAGUGUUCCACAAUAUAUCACCAAACUAUAACCAAAAUCCCAGAUUAAAUUCAACUAUAGAUAUUUCUAAUUCCUAUUUUGCAGAGGAUAUUGGUUCUUGUCCCAUGGUUCUGUCUGUUCUGUUAUAAUGAUUAGUUUCUAUGGUAUGAAGGGAGUUGACCAUGUUCUUUAAUAUGCAUGGGAGGGAGUUGACUAUUGCUUACUAUGGAUGAGAGAUUAUCAACUUUGUGGUUAUCUAUGGUAUGGGAGGGAUUUAACUGUUUACUAUGGUAACAGAGAGAGUUGGUUGUUGUUUCCUAUGGUAUGGGAGGGAGUUUACUGUUUACUAGGUUAACAGAGAGGGUUGUCUGUUGUUUACUAUGGUAUGGGAGGGAGUUGAAUGUUUACUAGGUUAUCAGAGAGGGUUGGCUGUUGUUUACUAUGUUAUGGGAGGGAGUUGACUGUUUACUAGGUUAUCAGAGAGAGCUGGCUGUUGUUUACUAUGUUAUGGGAGGGAGUCGGUAGUUGUUUACUACAGUUUGGGUAGAACUUUCCCCGUCAAAAGGUGCUCGGUUUCUAUCCCUCAUGUCCUCAGCCUACUUCCGUAGACUGAAGAUGACUUCUACAAGCUCCUCAAUUACAUGUUUAUCAAUGCAAUGUAAGUCCCUUGGGGUAAAAGUGUCUACUAAAUGGUAAACAGUACGGUGGAGUGUACACUCUGGAUUUAAGUUGAAAUUCACCUCAACCCACGCACUAUACAUAGGCCAUAUUUCAAACUGUACUGAAACAACCGCAGCAGAAUAAGCUCAAGCUUACGAUCACUGGGACAACAUGGAGGUACCACUUUGUUUCAGGGAACAAAGACACAAAUGGUACAUUCCAACCAUGCAGCCUCUGCACAAAGAAAAUGGGGUUUGAACAGAAUACUCGAACAGUAUUGGGAUGGGAUUGGAAGAAAGGGCACUAAAGUAACUGAUUUCUCUCAUCCUAACAGGAUUGUAAACAGUUUUCUUGAUGUGAUUGCUCUGGGUUUGACUUGUUCUUACUGUAAAUAGUUAUUCAUGUAUUUUAUAUUGAAACGUGUGCAAUAUUGUUGAAGGAAAAGUUACUGAGUUUGACUUUGUCUGUUUAUGGACAUAAAAAACUGUUGUGUAUGAAAUAUGUUUUUGUGGAUGUUUGUUGAAAUGCCUUUUUUUCCAGGUGCGGUAGUCCUAAUUUGCCUAAACAUUUUGGUUCCUAAGACCGGCCCAGACAACAUUCUAUUUAAAUAGAAUUCCUGAUCAGAUUUGUCUAUUUUAGAAAUCCUCAACCUCAGGGUUUUACAAAGAUAAACAGAAAAAACGUAGAAAAAAACAUAAUUGUUCAAGGGGUCAGGGGUUUUCUUGUCUGAUUUCCUAGACCAAUGCAGUAGUAGUACUUUUAAAUGUUAAAAAAAAUAACGGGUGCGCUAGUUUUGCCAACCGGGAUGGGCCAGCACUGCGUUUGCAUGUUUUGCUAUGUUGGUCCGUCGUGCCGGUAAUACCGGCACACCCCAUUGUCGAUUAACAUGACAGCGGGAAGGAAUGUGCGUGUGUAUCUUGCUCAACAGUAGACCGUGGACUGUAUUGGGGGCUUCAGCGCGCGCUCACUUGAUGGAUCUGACGUGGGAGCAAAACGUCAUCGGUGUCUCUCUGUCGUUGGGUCUCCGUUUCUGCUCAAAUUGACGCAAUCAAUAGUGGUGAAUGACUGACAUGGCUGGUUGCUAGUACCGAGGAUGAAUACUUAACAGAGAUAACUGUGGGGGGAGGGGAUACACCCAGCUCUGUCUGUUUGAUUGGCUGUUCAGAUUGCUGUCGUUGUAUGGUUGUGUGAAACUAGUGAGUGACUAUAUGCACCGUCUCCCCCUUGGUGGCCCGACAGUGAAGGGGGGGGGGGGGGGGGUUUACCGUUUUGCAGAUGUGGAACAUUUCCGAGUUUAGAAAGUAAAAGACCUCAUAGGUUCCCUGUGCUACAACAAUUGAUGGAGCUUUUGUGAUUCUGUGUGUUUAUGAUUAAUUCAAUAAUAAGUGGCUGUAGCAUUGGGGUCGACACCCCAAAGACACAGGAGAACUUUUACUUUAAAAGCAGGAUGUUGCUAUUCUGGAGGGCUGUAAGAUCACUAGCUUCAUAAUCAUCUGGUAUUGUGCUUUAAGAGUAUGUGGUUGCUCUAUCAACAAAACAAUUUCAUAUGUUCUACAAUAUCAGGCCUCAAAAUUAUGUUUUUGAGCCAUCUGACGUUUGGGUUGUGUUUUUGAACCUGUGUACUAUUAUUAUUAUUAUUAUUGUUGUUAUUGUUGUUACUAUUGUUAUUAUGAUUAUUACCGAAAUGCUGCUCUCUGCUUCUUGCAACUGGAAGUAAAAUGUCUUGCAAACAA